AUGUUCUCUCGUUGUGUUAUCGAGGCUGGCAAAUUUCCGGACGAAUGGACGCUGCAGAGUUAUACUGGACUUCAAUCAUGGAUGUAUCUCCAUUCAAAUCAACAUUCAGUUCAGCAACUAUGCGAAGUCUUACAACGAAUGUGUUUGACACACGAUUACAAUCAUAAGCAAAAGAUAGUCUUCAAUAUUCAAGUGAUUACCGCUGAGGCCUCCCACGCGAUUGGAGCUAAUCAACUAGCCUUGUGCAUAUACGAUCAAGCACAAACACUGUCGAAUAGAGAUCUUAAUCGAUCAGGCGGUCCGACAAUUUCUGUAACUGAUUUGGAAAGACAUCAAAUAGCUAAGAAACUGAAAGAUCUAGGAGAGAAAUUAGAAUUUAGUGCUCAAUUUCAAGCUGAGAUUAUCAGUCGACAAAGAAAUCUCCGAGAAGUUUCUAAUGUGCCCAAUUUCGUACGCCUUUUGAACAUGGUGCAAGCAGUCAACGAAGAAGAAAGUCAUCAUAUCUGGCGUCAAAUUGUAUUACACGUGGCACGAGUUCUUGAUUCUGCCUUGGAAAGUGCUGCACAGCUCUUCAAGUACGCCUAUUCUCUACCACAUAAUUCAUUACAGUGUGCCAAUAUGCUCUAUGUUGCUCUGAACAUUUAUUUGCUGGCUAAAGGUCGUCACAGUUUUGACGAUCCUAGACAGUUAGACGUGUUCAAACUAUUGAAUGAUAUCGCAGCAGAUUUCGAACUUUAUGGAGAUCAAUCGAAACAAUUUUCACCUUUACACAAAAUGGCUCACGUCUGGGGCACUGCAGCAGUAGCUUACUAUUUGAAUAAAAAGAAACAUGAAUACGAAUUAUGUUCGAGCGUCAUGCGAGUUACUUUCGAAACCUUAGGUAUUUAUUUCCUCUCGUCGGGUAUCGAAUCUCUGUGUCUACUGGCUAGAGAGUAUGCACCUGAAUUCUGUGACAUGAUGGCUAACUCACCUAACGUGAAACUUAGGAGCCCUGACUGUAUAUAUCACGUUCGGCGACGCUUCCGCGACGUUAACACCUGUAUUUCAUUCUCAACUGAUGAAGUAGAACGAAUGGUUGCCGAACUUAUAAAUAUUGAUGCAUCCAACAACACUGAAUAA